AUGGUCGCUGGCGAUGGGCCAACCUUGGGCUGGCCUGGCUGGUCCAAGAGCCGUGGCAGGCCUGAAGGCGGAGCAGCCAUUGGUCCAGGAGCGGUGUCUUGGAUGGACGUGAGCGGACGCUUCGUACCCCCCAGCACCACGUCCGUCCGGCGGGCUCAGCGGCCGUCCAUCACGCCUUCUUUGCAAAAUUGGCCAGCGGUGAGCUGGAAUACCUCCCGGGGCCGCACGGCUUCCACGGUGUCCCAGCUCUCCUUGUCCUCAGACAUCACCGAGAAGACGCUCGCUGCAGGGCAAGAGGCCAGAGCUGCUCGCCAGGCCGAAGGCGCUGGUCCGAAGACCGCCGUGGAUGCUCCAGAUGUGCCACCAGACCUUCCGGCUGAGGAGACCCCGCCCUGGACCCAUACCGCGGCCGAUGGGCCCAUGGAGGUGUGGCCCGAAGAAGCUCCGGAGGAGGAGGCGGUGGCCAAGGAGAAUCAUGAGCAGUGGCUCAAGCUGCGUAUGGAAGGCGCCUUGGACAGUUUCGGCUCAGAGGCUGAUCGGCUGACUCUAUUCGAGAUCCUUCAAAUGCUGGCGGUCAAAGAUGCCCAUAAGGAGGAAGUGCUGGACCACAUCGGCCUCGGUGGACCCAUCAACGCCCAAGACACCGUCUACCUGCGUGGGCACACUGGCCUUUGGAUGUUGGUGAAGAACGGCAGUCAGCUGGUUUGCACACAAGAGGAGCGCUCCAAGGCCACUGCCUUUGUGGCCGAGUUCAAGCGCCCGGUCCUGAACGAUAGCUGCCGGGUGUGCUUCCGGGUGGCUGAGCCCAGCGAUCGUACUUGGUGGCUUGCCACUCUGCAGCAAGAUGUGGGCUUGAUGGCCAAAGGCGAUGGAUCCGACCCUGCCACGCGCUUCGUGGUGGACACCGGCACCAACGGUCCUGUGCUCUCCGGCAUGUUCGUGAGCCCCCCAGCCUGUCGGGUGGAGAUGGGAAAGGAUGGAAAUGCGACGUCGGCGACGGCGACGUGUGAGGUUUGCUGGGGGACAGACUUCCACGUGAUGGUCUUGGAGGAUCGACUCGAAGAAGUGGUCGAGAGGCUGCGUCAAGGGCAAGAUCCCAAUAUUGACUUCGCCUACAAACAGGAUUCACAUCGCUGCGAGUCGUGGUCUUAA